CGUUAUGCUCCGCUGGGGGUAAUAUCCAGGCGCUUUUUUGUAACUGGAAUCUGAUUGGUGAUGGUGCUUAAGAAGGAGCAUGAUAAAGAAUGGAAUAACUUGGUCCGUACUAAGAUGGAGUACCAAAAUGAAUACAAUCGUAAAGAUUGAAGGUAUUCAAUACUACUAUAUAUAUGGUCAUAUAUUCAAUUGGUCCAUUUUAUUUAAGAGUUAAAAGAUGAACGCGAUUGGUUUGAUUUUUUUCAUAGUUGAUAAAGUUCCUACAUAUUUACAUUAAAGAAGAUUUAUCAAAGUUUUUAACAUGAAUCCCAAUAACUACAUGAGUUUCUAUAAUCCAAAUGGCGGGAGUCAAGAUAUUGGAAGCAAUUAUCAAAAUUCAACAGAUUUUGGACUACCUAGUGGUGGCAGCUUUCUAGAUAUGAUAAAUAGUCCUUCUCCGCAUCUUAUUCCCAAUCCACAAAAUCCAAAUAGAUUUAAUCCAUACUCAAAUCAACAAUAUCCAUAUUCACAAUAUGCAAUGGAAAAUUCUGCUGCUCGAUUACAACAGUUUGCUAGACAAAUGGUUCCUCGCCCUUCAAAUAUGUAUGUCAUGCCUGGUCAAAAUUCUAUGUCGGAUCCUAUUGCUUUUAACAUGGAGCAUAUGGCACAAAUGAGAAUGAAGCAAAUGGAUUUCAAUUCUCAUCCACGGUAUCGUACUCAGCUUCAGUCUUGGCCUCGAAUGCCUCAUAGUAUGCCAAUACUUCAGCAACAGGAGUCCCAUCAAACUUCAAUGGAUGUUAUGCAGCAACACAACUCUUCAAUUACUCCAGAUUCUUUGCAAUUAUCAAAUAUGCAGUCUCACAGAAAUAAUUUUCGGAAAAUGCCUGUUUUAGAAGAGGCACCUAUAACACAUAGAGGAUUAUCUUCUCAAUCAUUUAACUUUAUUGGACAGAACUUUUCAGAUAGUUCUCCAGGUUCAACAUUAUCUCCAUCAUAUUCUCAAAAUAAACCCACAGCAACGAACAUAAGUUCUGUCGAGUCUUUAAAUCUUCCAAAUAUAGAUUUCAACUCUAGUCAACAGCAACUUCACCAAUCAACACAGCAGCAACUUCAACAGCAGGGUGGUUUAUCAAGUUUUAUGGAAAAAUUUUCUGCUGAACAUAAUAUUUCUCCAAAUAUACCAUUAUCUCCGAAACUCACUCAUUUUGGUCCUUCUUCUGUUACAACUUUUGAUCAAGUUCAAACAACUAAUGCUAACCAGAAAUUAACUUCAAGUAUAGUGCAAACUCCUCCUUAUGGGCCACACACUCCUAAUCCAACCAUAACUGGAUCUCCAGCAGCUCCUAUUAAAUAUGCUCCAGUGCAAAAUUUCCCUAUGUCACCAUCUUUUUCAUUAACAUCAAACCAACAAAACAAUCAAAUGAAUUUUCGUAACUAUUUUUUGGGCAUGCAACAACUUCAACAACAAAUCAAUCAACUUAAACAAGGUCCUCAAACACAACAGGUUUUAAUGCAAAUACAAAUGUAUAGUCAACAAUAUCAAAAUAUAUUUAGACAAUAUGAGAUAGCAAAGCAGCAAUCAGAAAAUUCAUAUAACCAACAGCAAGUGUCACCUAUUAUGCAAACCUCCAAUCAAAAGACACUGAAAAAUAGUCAACAUGAAGUUUCUCACCAACAACAACAGUCAUUGACUCAAUCUUCAGACAUUCCGUCACAGAGUUUUUUAGAAGAAAUCAGCGAUGGAUUAGAUUUACCAGACUUAGGAGAAUAUGAUAACAAAGAUUCUUUUUUAAGUGAAAAUUCAAAAACAGAAAGUAUGUUCCCAAGUGGUUUUAUUGAAACUUCAGAAAUUUUUGGUGGAGGUCCCAUGUAUGCUGAAACUCCUAAAAUUGAAAAUAAAGAGAAUGCAGAACAUAUAAAUAGUAUUGCUAGACCUUCAAAUUUUAAUAUGGAUGGAAAUGAAAAACCAAAGGAAAAUCAUCCAAUAGAGCCUCAAAUAUGGCAGAGUCCAAGACCUCAAUCAUCACAGAUGUUUCAAAUGUUUCAACCAUUAAGACCUAAUGUCAAUGUUAGAGAAGGAUUUCUUCCAUUUCCUUUCCAGCAGUAUGGAAUGCAGCAACAGCUCCCGUUUAUGCAAAACAUGUCGAUUUCUGAGUUAAUGUCCAAGUCAGCUAUGCCUACAAACUUUUCAAUGCCAAAUUCAGUUAGAAAUAUGAACAAUUACAAUAAUUUUGGAUCUGCUCCUCUUCAACCUUCUUUUCCUGAUGCAUCAAAACCAAAAGGUGGAAAAGGAAAGAGGGGAGGAAAAGUGCCAAAAGGACCAAGUAAACCAAAAAUUGGGCGUCCCCAAACUGUGAAAAAGAAGAAGAAAGAUAAAAAAGCUGAUUUUGAACCAGCUGAUUUUGAUAAUCUUGCUCCUAAUGACUUCAUCACAGAUGAUGCAGGGUUUUUGGAUCCAGAUAUGCGCCGAUCUCUAAGAGAGCGCACAAAAAAAAAGAACUAUAAAGAUGACUUUGAUUACAAUCUUUCGGAUGAAGAAAAUAAAGAAUCCAAAGGCAGUGAAGUUGAUAGUAAAGGUAAUGCUUUGGAGCCUGUUAUUUCAGGUGGUGCAAAUCAGUUAUUAGCUUACAGACCAAAUCUUGAAGUUGAAGGAGAAAUUGCCGUGAUAGAAAGAAUUUUAGCAAUGAGAGUUUCUCAACAAGAGACUGUUCAAGAUGAUUCACAAGAAAAAAGUACUGUUAUGGUAGAAGAGUAUUUUGUUAAGUAUAAAGCUUAUUCAUAUUUGCACUGUGAAUGGGGAACUGCUGAACAACUUGCGAAAAAAGAUAAAAGAGUUCAUGCCAAAAUUAAGCGAUACCAACAAAAGAGAGAUAGUACAUUAGCUUUUUUAAAUGAGCUUGAUGAUGAACCUUUCAAUCCAGAAUAUAUUGAAAUUGAUCGUGUCUUAGAUAUGCAGACAACACAGGAUCCAGUCACUAAUGAGAAAUUCAAUCACUAUUUAGUGAAAUGGAGAGCUCUUCCUUAUGAAGAAAGUACUUGGGAGUUACAGAUGAAUAUUGAUGAUUCAAUAAUAAAACAGUUUCAUGAGUUAAAAAAGCCUCCUCCACCUGAGUUACGGCAUUUUGUUAAUCGACCCAUUGAUGUAGAGUGGAAGCCAUAUACAGUAUCACCAGUUUAUAAAAAUGGAAAUAAACUUCAUGAUUAUCAGUUGGAGGGGUUAAAUUGGCUCACUUUCUGUUGGUACAAAAGAAUAAAUUGUAUCCUGGCAGAUGAGAUGGGUUUAGGAAAAACAAUUCAGAGCAUUUCAUUGUUAUGUGCAAUAAAGCAAUAUGGCAUUCGUGGCCCUUUUCUUGUUAUUGCACCUUUAUCAACAAUAGUCAAUUGGCAGCGUGAAUUUGAAGAGUGGACAGACAUAAAUGCUAUUGUAUAUCAUGGAAGCGCACAAAGUCGUCUACAUAUUCAACAGUAUGAAAUGCGUUAUAAGGAUGAAAAUGGAGAAGAUAUAACAUCGAUUUAUAAGUUUGAAGCUAUUAUUACCACUUAUGAAAUGGUUUUGAAUGCUAAUAGUUUUUUGUGCACUAUACCUUUUCGUUGUCUCAUUAUUGACGAAGCUCAUCGACUUAAAAACCAAAAAUGUAAACUAAUGGAAGGUCUAAAUAACUUGCAAAUGGAACACAGAGUUUUACUUACUGGAACACCCCUUCAAAAUAAUGUUGAGGAGUUAUUCAGCUUGCUUAACUUUGUUGAACCUACAAGGUUUCCUUCUCAAGCUGCUUUUCUUUUUGAGUUUGGAAAUCUGAAAACUGAAGGACAAGUUGCAAAACUACAAGAGAUUUUAAAACCAAUGAUGCUGCGCAGAUUAAAAGAAGAUGUUGCCCAAAACAUUGCUUCAAAAGAAGAAACAAUAGUAGAAGUUGAGCUUACAACCAUUCAGAAAAAGUUUUAUCGUGCAAUACUAGAAAAAAACUUUAGUUUUCUUGCUAAAGGUGCUGGAUAUUCAAAUUUACCAAAUCUUAUGAACACUAUGAUGGAAUUGAGAAAGUGUUGUAAUCAUCCAUUUCUUAUUAAUGGAGCAGAAGAAAAAAUUGUAAGUGAGUAUCCAUCUAUACCUGGAGAUACAAACCGUGCUUUAGUUCAAAUGAAUGCAUUAAUCGAAUCUUCAGGCAAAAUGGUUCUUAUUGAUAAAUUACUUCCUAAAUUAAAAGCUGGUGGCCAUAAAGUUUUAAUAUUUUCUCAAAUGAUCAAGGUAUUAAACCUAAUUGAAGAUUAUUUAAUUGCAAAAAGAUUUUUAUUUGAACGAAUUGAUGGUGGAAUUCAAGGUAACAAUAGACAAGCUGCUAUUGAUAGGUUUUGCAAAACUGAUUCCGAUCGGUUUGUUUUUUUGUUAUGUACACGUGCUGGUGGUUUAGGAAUAAAUUUAACAGCUGCAGAUACAGUUAUUAUUUUUGAUAGCGAUUGGAAUCCUCAAAAUGACCUACAAGCACAAGCCAGGUGUCAUCGUAUUGGACAAGAUAAACCUGUAAAGGUGUAUAGGCUAAUUUGUCGAAAUACAUACGAGCGUGAAAUGUUUGAUCGAGCAAGUUUAAAACUUGGCUUAGAUAAAGCUGUUUUGCAAAAUAUGAAUGUAAAAGAAGGCUCAUCUUCUGGGCAACAAGCUAUGAGCAAGAAAGAAGUCGAGGAUUUAUUAAAAAAAGGUGCAUACGGGGCUGUCAUGGAAGCCGAUGAUAAUGCUAACAAGUUCUGUGAGGAAGAUAUUGAUCAAAUUUUAGAACGAAGAACUCAAGUGAUUCAAAUUCAAAGUGAAGGCAAAGGGUCAACAUUUGCAAAAGCAAGUUUUGUGUCAGACAAAGCACGUCAAGAUAUAAGCUUAGAUGAUCCUGAUUUUUGGCAGAAGUGGGCUAAAAAAGCUUCUGUUGACAUAGAUGAACUUGAUAAGGAUGACCAAUUGAUUGUUGAUGAACCUCGUCGGCGUAAACAAACAAAGCGGUUCGGAAAUGAUGAAGAAGCAGCACUGGAAUUAUCAGACUUUGAAUCUGAUGAUGAGACUUAUGAACCUUUAAACAAAAGCAGUAGGGUACCUCGUCUAUCAUCAGGUGGGCAAAGUCAUAUUGAGCGAACUGCAUGGACACGCGUUGAAUGUUUUAAGGUUGAGAAGAAUUUAUUAAUAUAUGGGUGGGCUAGAUGGCAAGAAAUAAUAUCACAUGCUCAUUUUCGUCAAGACAUGCAUCAUUCAGAUAUAGAAGCAAUAGCAAGAACUAUAUUGGCAUAUUGCUUUCGACAUUAUAGAACAGAUGAAAAAAGUAAACAAUUUUUUAUAAACCUUAUUAAUGAAUCUGCAAAAAAGGCACCUCCCAAAAAUGACAAGUUUGACAUAGCUAAUCAAAUACUAAGUUCUGCAUCACCAAAGGGCACUCGUGGACGAAAAAGAGGUAGCAGUGGAAGAAAUACUCUUCGAAGGUUAACUCACCAAUAUAGUAAACCUGCAUUAAUUGAAUGUGGUCUAGACUGGCAAUCAUUAGAGGAACAACAAAUGAUUGUUGAUCCUGGUUAUCGUAAACAUUUACAACAACAUUGCAAUAAGAUUAUGAGUCGAAUACGACUCCUAUGUUUUUUAAAAGAUGACAUUAUUGCAGAUGCAGCUUCUUCUAUUUUAAAUGGUGAUUUAGCAGAUAACAUCAAAUUUUUAAUGCCGCCACCAGAUGGUGAAGUACUGACAGAAUGGUGGGAUGUUAAUGCUGAUAAAUCUCUGCUUAUUGGCACUUUUAAGCAUGGUUAUGAAAAAUAUCGGUUGAUAAGAAAUGAUCCUUGUUUGUAUUUUUAUCAAAAAGUUGGUCCUGCUCCAGAAAAAACAGCUAAUUUAAACACUGAGAAUUCUACAGAGCAAAAUGAAAUUAAGAAAAAAAAAGAGCAUGAUGAUGAAGAUUCAUUUAAUGAAUCAGACGAAGAAAAGGAAGACACUUGCUCCUCUACUAACUCUCCAGUAGCUAAUUUUAAGGAAUCUUCAGUUGAUGCAAGUAAAAGCAAUGACUUAAGAUGGCCGACUCCUACUGAUAUGAACACUAGGCUGCGUCGCUUGAUAAAUGGAUUAUUUAAGUCUAGUGAAAAAGAACAUCUUGAAGGCCUAAAAGCUGAGAAGGAAAAACAAAGACAGGAAAGACAAGCAAUUGUUGCAUCAGAAAAGCAAAAGAAAAAACUAGAACUGCAACAGAAGUGGACAAGAAGAGAUGAAGCAGACUUUUAUAGAGUUGUAUCAAAUUUUGGUGUUAUUUAUGAUAAAACAAAAAAGUCAUAUGAUUGGAAAAAAUUUAGAGAGUUAGCUCGACUUGAGAAAAAGAAUGAUGAUUCGUUGACAUGUUACUUUGAAGAUUUUAUGUCAAUGUGCAGAAGAGUGUGCAAAAAAUCAACUCCUGAUGAAAUUAAGUCAUUCCAAGGUUCAAGUCACAUAGAAGAAAUUUCUGAGGAACGUGCCAAUAGAUGCAUUGAAAGGAUAAAGCUACUAUCAAAAAUAAGAGAUGUUUUGCAUCAUGAUCAGAUUAAUGAAAGGUUAAAGCUUUGUGAAGUUUCUCCAGAUUUUCCAGUGUGGUGGGAAAAAGGAAAACAUGAUAAAGCUUUAUUAGAAGGUGUUGCUAGAUAUGGCUUAGUUCGAACUGAGUAUACCAUACUCAUGGAUCCAAAAUCUGUAUUUAAAGCUCUCGCUCUCAAACCUCAUUUGCAAUCUGGAGUUGCUCAAGAAACAAACACUUCAACACCACCUUCGUCUACAGCCUCUUCAAAUCCCAAUAUAUCUACAGCUGCAUCAAAUUCAUCACCUGCAACUAUACAGCAAACCAUUAAUGGUGUAACUGUUGAUACAGAAGAGCAUAAAGAGAAAAGUAUAUUAUCACCUAGUAUUCAAACCCAUUCAUCUAGCGAAAACAGAUUUUCAUUUGCAACUGAAGAGUACGCACACCUACUGCCAACAUGGCCAAAAGAAAAGUCAAUUGUCUACCAUCUCCAAAAAGUAGUUUAUCUUAUACUUAAAGGUGAAUGGCCAAAAUUAAUGCGUUAUGAUAAUUCAGUAAGUAAGUCCAUUCCUUCAACAUCAGUUAAUUCAGUAGCUCUAAUUACACGUUCAGAAUUAAUUACUGAUAAGCCUGACAUGUGCAGAGGCCAAAUGGCAGCACCUAUUCAUGAUUCAAGAGAUUUUAAAAUCAAAAGUAUUGAUGGGUUGAAGCUAACAGUAAAACCUUUAGUAGACUUUAAAAAAAACAAAAGAAAAGCUGACAAUUCUAAGCUGUUUGGGGAGGAAUUAAUUAAUGCAAAGAUGAAUAAAAAUGGAGAAAAAAGCAAUGAUUAUCGAACUCAAGAUGCUGUAAAUCGCAUUCGCAAAGAAAAUUACUCUAAAGUACAGAUACAUAUACCAAAAUCAAUGGAUGAAUCAUCGUCAGAAAAAUUAGAAAACCGCAAACCUGUAAUUCAUUUUCCUUCCAAUGUAAAAAUUGGCAAGAUCAAUUCAUCAUCUGUUAUAAAAAAUGUAAAUGAAAUGAAAUUGAAGAAUCCUAUAAAAUUAAUACAAAGGGAUGUGAGAAUUGAUGAUAAAAUUCCUAUGAAUGAUAGUAAAGAAAAUCUCUUUUAUUCUAAAGAUAAGACGAGUGACAAAAUUGAAUUAAUAAAAACUUCAAAAGAAAUUGUCAUAAAUGAAAAUCGGUCAGAUAACAAAACUUCUAUAAAACAUGAUUACAAAGACACUAAAAAUAAAGUCAGAAUUGAUGUCAAGAAACCUGAUCAACCGAUAGCAAUUCAUUUAAAUAGCCCUAACUCAAAUGUUCGUAUUCAAGGCUCAAAAAUUGAAGUAAAAGAAAAGGCGUCAACUAAACGCGAAAUAGAUCUCUCAAAUGUUAUACUCCGAGUACCAGACCCAUCAAAAUUUUUAGCAAAUCAAGAUUUGAAAAAGAAAAAAGCAAAAAUGCUGAUUGAACAAAACCAUGAAAAUAAAUUAACGACAUCAGAGCCAACUGAGCGUUUUACUUCCCCUAAUUCUCUUUCUGAACCGUUAAAAGUAAGACCAGAAAGAUCCGCAAAAAAACGUGCUAAGGAUUCAAUAUUAGAAAUGACGGAAGCAGAAAACGUGAACCAUAUUGAUUACAAAUAUUCUCCCACUCAUCAUUCUGAUUUUCACACGCCUUUAGCAAUCAAAUCUCGUGAUUAUUACCGAAAUGAAUUGUACAACGAUAGAGUUUCUCCUUUUCGUGAAGGACGCUCACCUAUUCAAAACGAAGUUUCGUCAUAUUAUCACAGUAACUAUUCGCCGAGUAAAUACGUUCGUUCUCCAAGUGUUCAGUCAGUUAGUGAUCAUGCUAUUUCUCCCCGUACGCACAUUUCUCCAUCAGCAUCAGAUAGUUUGAAACACCACUACACUCAGCCGCUUUCUCCGCGUUAUUAUGAUGAUGAUUCUCAUUUUUAUCCCGAACGAAGCAAGUCUCCAAAAUACUAUGAUUAUGUUGAUAAAGAACAUUAUACUUGUCGUAAAAGUCCAUUAUUCUCUGCACAUUCACAUGAUAAACAUUCUCCUUCAAAGCGCAAAGAAGAUAAAAUAUACAAAAUUUCAGAGCAAUUCAAAACUACUCGUGUAAAACACUAUAAUCCGCAUACUGUACCAGAAGAUAGACUUUUGCAUGAUCUUUCUCCUAAUGAAUAUCUUGAUGGAAAGUAUAGCGAUAAAAGGGCUACGUCUUCUCUGUCUGUUGAACCAUCUUAUAAUUAUCAACCGUUGUCGCGUACUCGAAUGGAUGUUUCUGAUUUUAAAACAGGCAAAAUCUCCGAGCGUAAAGUUCAAGUCAAACCGCGUAAUUUUUAUCAGCCAUCUGUUAAAGUUUACGAAAAAUCGCAAGUAAUAACUAAUGCAAAUAACUCUCAACCCGCUUUGUUAUCUAAUCCAAUGGAUAAAAAGCGGGUGGGAGAUGAAAAAGUUAGUAGGGAUCCUCCAACAUCAUUUUAUCCAACUGAGCAAUCGUCAAAAAGCUCUAAGUUAUCUACACAAUGCUCUGUGAUCGAAAUAAAACAAAAUUAUACUGCUCAUGAACGAAGUGCAACCACGCCUACUUCUAAAGAACGCAAAAAUGCUGGUAGUUUGUUGGAGAUGAAAAUACAGGGUUUAAAAAAACAACGAUUAGAGCAGUUAAGUGAUAGUUCAAAUGAUGGACAUGGAGUAACUUCUCCUGAUUUUAAAUCAAUUUCAACAGAUUUAUCUAGAUCAGCAUCGUCCUCAACUAACGCUGUUAGUUUAGAAACAAUUUUGCCUAAGUUGGAUAGCACGCAGGCUGUUAAAUAUUUAAACUUGGACAAUAUUGCAAAAAACCUUACUAAAUCUGCUGAAAAAUCGUGUUCAGAUGUUUCAAAGAAAACAGUUUCCGAAAAUUUAGUUGAAUCUGACUCUGCUUUAAGCGACACUUUAAAUGUAAACUUUAUACCAUCAGAAAGUACUUCGAAUAUUCCGGAAUCUCGUAUUACAACUGAUCCUAAUAUGACUUGUGUAAAUAAAUUUGAAUUAAAAACCUUAGAAUCGUGAAUAGCAAAAAGCUUCGGUUGAUAACUUCUAGCUAUUUAAUUGUUAUUUUAUGUGCAUAUUUUUUUUUCUUUUCUUUUUUUUAAUGUUGCCGGCAAAAUAUUGUGCUUUUUUAAAACUAUUGUAAUUUACAUAAAAACUUGUUUCUUAUUGUUUUAAUAAAGCCGUCGAGAGCAUUAUUCCUGA